AUGGACCACAGCCCCGCAGACCACGACGAGGUCGUGUCUCAGUUCUGUAACAUGACAGGUACUCAGCCUGCAGAAGCUCAAGAAUAUCUUUCUGCCAACGGGUGGGAUGUGGAAGCAGCCGUAACGGAAUUCUUUGCGGAGCAGGAUGAGGCCUUGCAGGACAUGAACACUGGCGGUGGCCGGCGGCUGGGUGCUGAGACUGCUGGGACAGCUGCAGGAGGUCGCUCUCUAGACGGAAGCGCUGUCCCAGCUCCAUCCUCGAGUGUGCCUCAGUCUUCGUCAUCGAGCGGACGCGCGAUGCCAAAGAAGAAAUUUGCGACAUUGGGAGACUUUGCCGCAGGGAGCGGCGGUGACUCAACUUCCGAUGAUGGCUCUGAGAACCAGGAUUUCUUCGCUGGUGGAGAGAAGUCAGGCUUAGCCGUGCAGAACCCGGACGAUUUGAAAAGAAAGAUUCUCGAAAAGGCCCGGAGAGCGCAACCUCCCCCAUCUGAUGAGCCCCACUCCCGACAAUCUCACUUCACAGGCACCGCUCGUACCCUCGGUGGUGACGAGGCUCCCAGCCGAGUCAUUGAAGACCCCUCCGGACCUGCGCCGCAGCGCCCGCAGCGAGUCCAUCGCACUCUUCACUUCUGGGCCGAUGGUUUCUCCGUCGAUGAUGGCGACCUGUACCGUUCUGACGAUCCCCGAAAUGCUGAGAUAUUGGAAGGCAUCCGCCAGGGUCGCGCCCCCUUGACCAUUAUGAAUGUUCAAGCGGGGCAAGAAGUGGAUGUCGAGCUGAAGCAGCACGAUGAGAAAUACGUGAAGCCCAAGCCAAAGUACAAGCCUUUCUCGGGUGCCGGACAACGGCUCGGUAGCCCGACUCCUGGAGUACAGGGAGUACAAGACCAGGCCUUUACACCGUCCUCAGCCGCCGCCCCUCCCUCUACAUCUGGGCCACCCAAGCCCGAAGUGGACGAGUCACAACCGACGGUCACUCUCCAGGUGCGCCUAGGGGAUGGCACUCGAUUGACCUCCCGUUUCAACACCACCGCCACUAUCGGCGAUGUCUACUCCUUCGUUGCAGCCGCCACCCCAGAUGGCCGGGACCGUGCGUGGGUGCUGAUGACUACAUUCCCUAGCAAGGAGCUCAACGAAUGGGACGUGACGCUUGCCGACCUACCCGAGUUCAAGCGGGGUGGAGUGGUUAUCCAGAAGUGGACUUAG